GUCAAUUUUUUGAUGAUGUGAUUAAUUACCUUCUUGGUUUUGCCACACAUGUAUCUUUGAAUUCUCGUACAUUGGAUUUUCUUAAAGCAAGGCUUGCUUGUAAUUUGGGUGUGGAAGAUUCCAGGGGCAGUUAUGGUGUCCCUGGAUCUGCUGAGCCUGGUCUACUACUCCCUUCCCCCCAUAUACUGCAUAAUAAUGUGGAGCUGGAGCUCUUUGCCUAAUAAGAGCCUUAGGAAACAGAAGAAGGCUCCCACUUACAGUCUGUAGAGGCAAAUAAUUUGACAAGAAUUGAGGCCAGCGGGCUGGUCUGCCCCUUUCAUGAAGCCCAGACGUCAGCACUGUGGUCUUGAAGUUUCUACGUGUGGCAUAAUAGAAACAUAUACUUGGUUUUUGUUCCCAGUUCCUGGCAUGGAGGUCCUCAAACCCUUGGAACUUCCUGAGUGAUUGAAGUGCCUUUUAUUAUUCAUAAGGAGCCCAUCUGGAGCACACCUGAGUUUAUGCUAAUGCGGUGGCUCUUGGUGGCCCCUCGAUGGCUUCCAGAUGGGCACUGGUUGCCAGAGGAAUCAGCCAUGUGAUUAGCUUGUUGGAGCUUUCAGCAUCUCACUCCUUCACCUCUGGGAAGAGGAGGGGUCGGGCUGGAAAUUUUCCAUCACCAAUGACCAGUGAUUUACUCAACCAUGACCAGGUAGUGAAACCUCCAUAAAAAGCCUCAAGCAAUAGGGUCAGGAGAGCUUCCGGGUUGGUGAACACAUGGAGAAGCCGGGAUGGCGGUAUGACCUGCGAGGAUGUGGAAGCUCCGUGUUCCUCUCUCCCCGUACCUUGCCCUAAGCAUCCUCCAUUUGGCUCUUUCUGAGUUGUCUCUUUUAUAAUAAGACUAAUCCUAAGUAAGGUGUUUUCCUGCAUCCUGUUAGCUAUCCUAGCAAAUUAUUGAGGCUGAGGAGGGGUUUGUGGGAACCCCCAAUUUAUAGCUGGUCAGGUCGGAAACACGGGUGGCCUGGGAGUUGCGACUGGUGUCUGGAGGGGGGCUGUCUUGCAGGACUGAGUCCUUGAACUCCGGUGACCUGACACCAACUCCAGCGAGAUUGUGGCAGAAUUGAAUUGACAUCCAGUGGGCCUCGGCGAAUUGGAGGAGAAUUGGUUGGUGUCAGAAAAUAUCUCAGGCCUAUUGUCUUCUCUUGGCCUGGAAUGAGUUCAGUUUGGGUUCCUUCCUCCUUGAGUGAUACAACUCCAAGUAGAAGAUGCUAGCUCUAGAGAGAGGACAGAGAUUUCAGCCCAGCCAGGCAGUGGGGAUGGGAAUAGCAGCAAGGAUGACCAAACAGGGGGCUGGUGUUGGGUGGUUGUGUGUCACACUGACCAUGACCGGCGAGGUAGACGCAACCGGGGUGAACUCUUCCUGACCGUCAGAUGCCUCAUCCCCACCUGUGAUGCUCAGAGAGACCAUGAGCCCUGAAAAACAGCGUAUUGUUUUGUGAUGUCACCUCUGGAAUGUUCUGAGUGUUUUGGUGACCAACUCCUGCACAGGACCUAUACCUGGCACCUAACGCUGCACUUGAGGCCAAAUAUUACAAGAAAAAGAGACACCAGAUCUGAAAGCCUAGAAAUCCCAAUCAGUGUGGUUCUACCUCAGAGGGGCACAGCCGAGCCUUUCCUGAGGCUCCACAACUUGUACCCCACCCCACGCUGCGCCCGGCAGGCCACCCUGCCCCGGCUGAGCCGCCGAGUGGUCAGCCAGCACUCGUACCCGCUGACUCGCUUCUCCUCGGUGCCCUUGGACCCCAUGGAGCGCCCCAUCUCCCAGGCCGACCUGGAGCUGGAUUACAACCCUCCGCGAGUACAGCUCAGCGAUGAGAUGUUUGUCUUCCAGGACGGGCGGUGGGUGAACGAAAACUGCCGCCUCCAGUCCCCCUACUUCUCUCCGUCCUCCUCUUUCCACCAUAAGCUGCACCACAAGAGACUGGCCAAGGAGUACCUGCUGCAGGAGGAGAACAAGGCGCUGCGGGAGGAGAACAAGGCGCUGCGGGAGGAGAACAAGACUCUCCGCAAGGAGAACAAGAUCCUGCAGGUGUUCUGGGAGGAACACAAGGCUACACUCGGCCGGGACGAGAGCAGGGCCUCCUCACCACUGCUGCACAAGGACAACGUGGCCCUGGAGGUGGUGAAGAAGGACACGGCCUUGCAAAUGCACCACAGCAAGGAGAACAGCACCCUCCAGCUGCUCAGGGAGGAGAACAGGGCCCUGCAGCUGCUGCUGGAGCAGAGGAAGGCCUACUGGGUCCAGACGGAGGAGAAGGCGGGCCCCGGGGGGGAGACCAAGCCCGCCCCCUCGCCCCAUGAGGAGCCCCACGUCCCAGGGCUGUUGCCAGACCAGAGCACCGGCCUCUCCUCCCCUUUCGAGGAGUCCAAGGGGACCCCGAUCCCCCAGGAGGACUCCAAGACGCUCCGGGUCCUGCGCCAGAUGGUCAGCAACCUGUCCGGCUCUUCCGGGGACGAGGAGGUCAAGGCCGGCUCCAGCCUGCCUGAUGGGAGCCAGUCCCUGGAGCUGCUGAGAGAGAUGAACCAGGCGCUGCAGGCCCUGCGGGAGGAGAACCAGAGCCUGCAGCUCCUCCGCGAGGAGAACCGGCUCCUGCAGGAGGAGAACAGGGCCCUGCACGUGCUUCGCGAGGAGCACAGGAUCUUCCAGGAGGAGAACAAGGCCCUGUGGGAGAACAACAAGCUGAAGCUGCAGCAGAAGCUGGUCAUCGACACGGUGACCGAGGUCACCGCCCGGAUGGAGAUGCUCAUUGAGGAGCUCUACGCCUUCAUGCCCUCCAAGAGCAAGGACCCCAAGAAGCCCAGCAGGGUCUGAGGCCUCCGAGGAGCCCUGGGCACGGAGCGCUUGGCCAAAGAAGACCUCCUGCCUUCCGUCUGUCUUCCUCACCGCCAGCUGCCCGCUCCUGCCCGCUGAGGAGCAGAAUCACCACCUUUCCUAAACUCACAGAAGUAAUAAAGGCACGAGGAGGCUGGGGCCAGUUCAUAUCA